UCCUGGGGACGGCAGCGGCAAAUACACAGCCAGGCAUCGCGAACCAGAAGAUCGCUACCCAGCCAAGCAAAACACGGAGGCCACCAGAGCAUGGCGACCACGGCGGCCUCGUCGUUGCUCUCCCCGGCGGCAAAGUUCGCGCUCCUGAGCCGGUACCCAAGCGCCAAAACUGCACCACGUAGCGUCCGGUUCCCCCCGGUGCGAGCCCAGCAGGAGGUGAAAGAGGAGGAGCCCGCGGCGACCGUGCCGCCGCUGCAGGAGGAGCAGGCGACGGCGGCGGCGGCGGCGAAGGGCCCCGCGCAGUCGCUGCCGCGGCAGCCGCUGGCGGAGAGCAAGAACAUGGGGCGGGAGUACGGCAGCCAGUGGCUGAGCUGCACGACGCGGCACGUGCGCAUCUACGCCGCGUACAUCGACCCGGAGACCAACGCCUUCGACCAGACGCAGACGGACAAGCUCACGCUCAUGCUCGACCCCACCGAGGAGUUCGUCUGGACCGACGAGACAUGCCAGAUGGUCUACAACGAGUUCCAGAACCUCGUCGACCACUACGAGGGAGCUCCACUGUCAGAGUACACGCUUCGUCUCAUCGGCUCUGAUCUUGAGCACUACAUCCGCAAGCUGCUCUAUGACGGGGAGAUCAAGUACAACAUGAGGUCCAGAGUGCUCAACUUUAGCAUGGGCAAACCCCGCGUCAAAUUCAACAGCAGCCAGAUCCCAGAUGUAAAAUAGAUAUAUCCUAUACAACUCGGCGAGCUCACGAGUUGUACACACUUGCUCUUCCAUCAGAGAGUAGCAUUUACGAGACCAUUCCAACACAUAUACAAAACAAUGCAUUGUAGACGUUUAACAACCAAGUCUCAUAUAAAUGUGUUCUUUCAACAAUGCUCUGUAUGACAACAUCUUGGCUACAUAAUCAACAUAAAGACAUUAAGGCACGUUGUCAUCCCGCCUUAUAGUUCUCUUAUAGUUCUGAAUGUUUUGCAUC